UCGUCGUUGUGUACAACAGUAGUUGGCUGGCUGCUGGCCCCGUAGGUGUGCGAUCUCUUGGGUCAGACUCUCGUAUGAAAAUAAUCGUUUGCGAGUGCGGGAUACCUCAUUGUUUUUGCAUGUAACACCAACAAACAACAACAUAUUGAAUACGCAUAGUAAAGGGGUAACAUAGGGAAAAAAAAACAAAGUUGGACCACAGCUCCGAGGAGAUAAACAGGGAGGAAGGAGGCGGGCGCUCACGGGCGCUCUCCACCGCCUGCACCACCACCACCACCAGUAGCCGAGAGAGAGAGGUGAGGCGAGCUGCAGUUGCAGCAGCAGUAGAACCGCCGCCUGCGCCGUGAGCAUCACCCAGUGGGUCGGUCAACAUGGCGGGGAAUACGGGCAUGGAGCAACUGAUCCCGAUCGUAAACAAGCUCCAGGAUGCCUUCACCCAGCUCGGGGUCACGAUGCAGCUCGACCUGCCGCAGAUCGCCGUCGUCGGCGGCCAGUCGGCUGGCAAGUCAUCCGUACUCGAGAACUUCGUUGGAAAGGAUUUCUUGCCACGAGGGUCGGGCAUCGUCACCAGAAGACCGCUCAUCCUGCAGCUCAUCAACAGCACGACCGAAUGCGGCGAGUUUUUGCACUGUAAAGGAAAAAAGUUCGUGGACUUUGAAGAGAUACGAAAAGAAAUUGAGGGGGAAACGGACCGCAUAACCGGCAGCAACAAAGGCAUCUCCAACGUUCCCAUCAACUUGAGAGUUUACUCGCCCAACGUGUUGAACCUGACACUGAUAGAUCUGCCCGGUUUGACGAAAGUGCCGAUCGGCGAUCAGCCGGCCGACAUAGAGGAGCAGAUAAAAAUGAUGAUUUUCCAGUUCAUCAGGCGCGAGAACUGCCUCAUACUCGCGGUCACGCCGGCCAACACAGAUUUGGCCAACAGCGACGCCCUCAAACUUGCCAAGGAGGUGGAUCCUCAAGGUGUACGUACGAUCGGUGUCAUUACUAAGCUGGAUCUUAUGGACGAUGGCACCGAUGCCCGCGAUAUUUUGGAGAACAAAUUGCUGCCCCUGCGACGAGGCUACAUCGGCGUCGUCAACAGGAGUCAAAAGGAUAUCGAGGGCCGCAAAGAUAUCAAGGCAGCCCUGGCAGCUGAGCGUAAAUUCUUCUUGAGCCACCCCUCGUAUCGGCAUAUAGCGGACAGACUGGGCACCCCGUACUUGCAGCGAGUGCUCAAUCAGCAGCUGACGAAUCACAUCCGAGAUACAUUGCCGGCAUUGCGCGACAGGUUGCAAAAGCAAAAACUCGCCAUGGAAAAAGAAGUCGAGCAGUACAAACACUUCAGGCCAGAUGAUCCUGCCAUCAAAACCAAGGCCAUGUUACAGAUGAUUCAGCAGCUGCAGACAGACUUUGAGAGGACCAUCGAGGGCUCCGGUUCCGCUCAGAUCAACACCAUGGAACUGAGUGGUGGUGCCAAGAUCAACCGACUAUUUCACGAGCGAUUUCCCUUUGAAAUCGUCAAAAUGGAGUUUGACGAAAAAGAACUGCGCCGAGAAAUUGCUUUUGCCAUUAGAAACAUUCAUGGUAUUAGAGUCGGUCUUUUCACUCCAGACAUGGCUUUCGAAGCUAUUGUCAAAAAACAAAUCAACAGGCUGAAAGAGCCUAGUCUUAAAUGUGUGGAUCUAGUCAUACAAGAACUUAGCAAUGUUGUGCGGAUAUGUACAGAUCAGAUGUCACGGUAUCCUAGAUUACGAGAAACAACAGAUAGUAUUAUCACUUCUCACAUCAGAAAUCGAGAACAGAUGUGCAAGGAACAACUGGUUUUACUGGUUGACUGUGAGCUCGCGUACAUGAACACAAAUCACGAAGAUUUUAUUGGCUUCGCAAACGCGGCAGCCAGUAGCCAUAAUGCAAGCGCCCAGCAAUCUUCGGAGAACUCAGUAAAGACUGGACGCCACACCCUGGGCAAUCAGGUCAUACGCAAGGGCUACAUGUGCAUACACAAUCUCGGUAUAAUGAAAGGAGGUUCCCGGGACUACUGGUUCGUCCUCACCUCCGAGAGCAUUUCUUGGUUCAAGGACGAGGAGGAGCGAGAAAAGAAGUACAUGUUGCCACUGGACAACCUGAAGCUGCGCGAUCUCGAGCAAGGCUUCAUGUCGCGCCGUCAUUUGUUUGCCCUUUUCAACCCCGAGGGCAGGAACGUGUACAAAGAUUACAAGCAGCUCGAGUUGAGCUGCGAGACUCAGGACGACGUGGACUCGUGGAAGGCGUCGUUCUUGCGCGCUGGUGUCUAUCCGGAAAAACAGACCGAACAGGCCAAUGGAGACGGCGAGGAAGGAUAUGAGAGCGGCCUAUCAUCGCAUAAAAAGGGAGGCGGUGAAACUCAGCAAUCAAUGGACCCCCAGCUGGAGAGACAAGUUGAGACGAUUCGUAACUUGGUCGACUCCUAUAUGAAAAUCGUCACGAAAACCUGUCGAGAUCUCGUACCGAAAACCAUUAUGCACUUGGUAAUCAACAAUGCCAAAGAUUUCAUCAAUGGCGAGCUCUUGGCACAUUUGUAUGCUAGCGGAGAUCAGUCGUCCAUGAUGGAAGAGUCGCCCGAGGAAGCAAUAAAGCGCGAGGAGAUGCUGCGCAUGUACCACGCGUGCAAGGAGGCCCUCCAAAUCAUCGGGGACGUGUCGAUGGCUACAGUCACGACACCCGUACCACCGCCUGUCAAGAAUGAUUGGCUCGCAUCGGGCGAAAACCCAAGUCUUGGACUAUCACCACCAUCGCCGGGUGGUCCAGGUAGCAGACCAAGGAACACUGGUGGACCACCGUCAGGUGGUUCUCGAGUACCACCACCACCUCCAAGCACUGGCAGGCCGGCUCCUGCCAUUCCCAACAGGCCCGGACCCGGUGGCCCACCUCCUGGCCGAGGUGCCCCUGGUGGUGGCCUUCCACCUCCUCUCAUCCCAUCUCGCGGUGGCGUCCAGGGAAUCCAGCAAAGGGUGACGCAGGCAGCGACACAAGCCGCUGCCAAUGCAGCUGUGAACGAGCUGAUGGACGCUUUCAAGAUGAAGUUACGUGUCGUCCCAAAUGUUCCGCCACGAAUACCAGACAGACCAGCAUCCGGACGAAUGAAUUGAGCGUAUUAUCGUUGAUCAUUCGACUAGAGCCAUUUAUCUUUAAAAGGUGCCGUGGAGUUUAGAAAAAAAAAAAAAAAAUAAAAUAAAAUAGGAUCCAAAUGACCAGCAACGAAGAUACAAUGUCUGUCAGCUACCAAACCGAGACGGUGAUGUAAAGGCUGUGGCCGCCGCACGGACUAAUUAAAUACGAGAGGAACAAUCGUAUCGAUAACAAUCACAGAACCAAAUGUGCUUAUUUUUCCGUUUGGUGUAAUAAUAUCUGUCGUUGUUGCUACAAUUUUUUUUUUCUCGACGACUCGUCAACUCAACAGUAAGAAGGGUGAAAUAAUCCUUUCGUCGCGUAUGGUUUCAUUGCAUACUUACCAAUUAUUCACAGAUUUAGGCUAUACGCUUUUGAGAGAAGCGUUAAGGACUCAUCUCUUGUGUGCUACACGAAAACGUAGUGACUUUUAUUUCGAGUAAGAAGUUGAAAAUACUUUAUUGAUCGUAAAGGUGACAAUGUGGUACGUGAAAAUUAAUUUACAUGAUCAAAUAUAUUGAUUUAUUUUCAGAGAUAUUGUCUUUUUUACGAUUAAGCUGAUAUUCUUAAUUUCUAAUGAUAUUAUGAUUGUUGUGUAAAUUGUAUGCAAAAAAAAGGCGAUUUUUGUUAUAAAACAUUUCAACGAAUAAAAACAGUCAAUGCAGUAUAAUUUGUGGUAUUGCAGUGAAAAAAAUUGUAUAAAUCCAUAUAAUUUCAUGAACUAUUUUGUAAAAAAUUGAUUUUUGAUCAAUGUCCUGUUACGUACGAGUAAAAAAAUAAGUUAUACUUGAUAGUAAAAUGAGAAAAAUACAUGAAAUGGCGAACAGUGUGGUUGUUUAAAAUUAAAUUAUUUACUGAAAAUUUGUUCGUCUUUGAUUAUUUGUGGUGCAAUCAUUUUCACUUGAUGGAAAAAAUAUUUGCAUUAUACGUGUAUACUACGAGUCCAGUGUCACAUUCCUAUCGUAAAAGAAUUUUGCAUGUAGUUGUUGAUAUUGUAUGUGUCUGACUAUCAAUGUAUAUAAUUGUUAUUAAACUAUUUUUGUGUAAUGUUAACAAAUACAAACUGGGACUUUUGACAGCGACAGUAUUAUAGGUAAGACAGUUGUAACUGGACCAAGUAAAAAAAUGUUGCUCACGAAAUACAAAUAAAAAUUAUUAAAUGAUUUUUUCCCACGGCUACAUUGGUUCGUUGCCAUUCACGGUUUGAUUUAAUUGCAAUAUUAAAAAAAAAAAAAAUCACACUUUAACGAUUCGCGCAGCCAUACAUGUAAAUAAUUUAUAGUUAUUUUUUAUCACUAUUGUACCAUAUUUUUACUCAGUUUUUACUCAUUUUUACUCUACUAUUAUUAUUAAUAUUACUAUUAUUAUACUUGAUAUUGUUACUACAUGACAAUCCACUUUGUAAUAAUAAAAUAAAUCACCAACAAAGCAAAUGAUCAAAUAUUUGAUCAACAGCACAAGUGGUAGUAUUUUAGAUCUUGAAGAAAAAAUAUCUCUUGUUUGAGAUUCAAUCUCUACCAUUGUCUAAUAACACCCAAUCGAAUGUAAAUUGAAUAUUUCUGUUGAAAACGUCACAUUUAAAUCACUUCUUUUUUUUAUUAACCAUCUCAUUCACGAAAUCUUCGAUAAAUGGAAUAUUCAAUCUACUGAUAAUAAAACACCUACUAAAUGUGAAGUUUGGCCCCAAACAAACUAUCUAUGUAUAGAUACAAAAAAUCGAUCGAGCUAGCGUGCAAAGUCGAAAUUUAUUAUUAUUUUUUUUUUUUUGUUCUCUUUAACGCUGUUCAUGCUGCACGUGUGAUAUUUUUACACUGUUAAUAGUGUGUAAGAAAAAAAACGCACGUUUCUCUCCGUUUGUGUUUUCAUUUUCUUUUAUUUCACAAGAGAAAGAUGAAUAACUUAAGCUUGUAGGAGUGUAUGCAAGUUUCUUGUGCCAAAAGAAAAGGAAUUCGAGCGAAAGUGGAAGUUUUGGCCAGCAAACUCAAUGAGAUGGCAUUAAUUUUCGCUGCUGAUGAAACGCAAUGGCCGAGAAAACUCUAAAUUUUGUACAUAUAUCAAUAUAAGUAUUAUGAAUAAUGGUACGCGUGCUGUAUAGAAACAAAUGGACAAGUUUCCCAUGUUUUCCGAUCCACUAUCUCUCUACUUGUGCGCCCUCAUCAUCCCCCUGAUUUUUUUUGUCUCUUUUGUAAGUACAACGUUCGUUUGCCAGUCUCAAUGUUACGCUAGACGAUUCCGACUGCGAAAUGACUUGUGUAUUUUACCUAUUAUGGAGCUGCGAUGAGCUCAAUAAAGCUUU